AUGUCGCUACCAAGCCCACUUACGGCAUCCGACGAGUGGGUCAAGCCUCGUGAGACUACCCUGGAAGUCGUUCGAGUCACAGCAGGCCUCCAUCGACAGGUCUGGGUUAGUGGGACGAGCAUCUACGUCGACGUCCACAUCGCCAACAACAGCCGCAAGACGGUCAAAAAGAUUGAGCUGCAAUUGGAACGAGAUAUAUUGUGCUACAACCAUGCUGCUGCAUCGACAAUGGAGAAGUCGGCUGGCCAAGCUCGUAUCUUCGACAACAAUGACCGCUCGAUACUUAGCAAAUCAAUGGUCAAGCAGGGUUCUGCUGGCUGGCACGGAGUUUCUACCCAUCAAACGCAUAUUCGGACGUGCGAUCUAGAGUUACCUCGCGGCCUCGGUACAGUCAAGUGUGGUAAGACCCUCGCUACAUUUGUCAAGGUACCAGUGGCUAAUUUUGCAGGCAAAUACUUCGAGGUACGAUACUUCUUGAACGUAAUCGUCAGCAGCACACACACGUUAGUCUCGUACAUCUCAAUCGCCGUCCCAGCUAAUUUCGUUCAGCAAGCUGACGUCGUCCCCAACUCCGUCGCCCAAGUCGCCAUGGCCAUCGAAGAAAAGCGCUCCCUACACACCCACCAGCGCAACCCCUCCAUGACGCGGCGCCCUUCACAAUCCGUCCAAGGCCGCGCCUUCGCCGCUCCACGCAUGCAAUCCCUCGAACGGAUGCGCGCCCGCGCCGACGACAUCCAAGACCUCAGUCAAGCCCUUGACCAAAGCCCCCGCAAAUUCACCCUCCACAGAACCAAUUCAAACUGGGACUACCGCACGCCUCCUUCCAAUCGCAAAGGCAGAAUCCUCGGUGACGGCGAAGCAGCUGACCUCAAAGACCGCCUGCGAAGAGUCUGCUCAAACGCAACUGUCGGCUCCAAACCCAACUUACAUAGAGAUAGCUCGACGAGAUCGCACCGUGGAACUACGUCCGCCCUGGGCUUCAGGGAGGCGGAAGUUCGUGAGGACAUGGAACUCGCGGGCCUGGGUGAGACGGGGGAGGUGCGGUUCAAGCAGCGCCUGGAACAGAGUCGCGAGCGCCAGUAUCGGUUUAGCAAGAAGAAGAGUAUGGAGAGGUGGAAGGGCGUGGCGAAUGUUGGGGUUGGGUGGUUGAAAGGUGGUGGUAGUGCGAGGGAGGAGCGUGAGCGCGAUGGGUGGGUUUGA